AUGGGCGGCGCGGCGCUGUCGGGAGCGCUGUGGCUGUGGCUGCUGUGGGCUGGCGGCGAGGCUGGCGGCGGCUGCUCGGGGAGGUGCUGCCAGGGCCGGGACGUGGCCUGCGUCGGUGAAGGAUGGCAGGCGAGAGCGGGCUACGGAACCUGCUACUGCGACGCAGCGUGCCGGCGAGCCGGGGACUGCUGCGGCGACCACGGCCAGGCGUGCCCGGCUCUUCCAUGCCUGGUUGGGGAGUGGAGCCACUGGAGCGGCUGUGCAGAACAGUGCCAGCCCCACCUGCGGAUACGCAGGCGCUACGUCCAGCAGGAGCCUCAGAACGGUGGGGAGCCGUGUCCUGCUCUCGAGGAGAAGGCUGCCUGCCUGGACUACCUGACUUACAAGGGAGAGGACUGCGGCCACGAACAUGUCCCUGCUUUCAUCGUUACCUCUGAAUAUGGUAAAGGAAGAACCCAACCAGCAGCAUCUUCACCCUGGCCUUCAGACAGAGAAGCUGGCUACUGUGUGGAAUUCAGAACAGAAUCCCUUUCCCACUACUGUGCUCUGGAGACCCGGCCGUACGCCCGAUGGAUGCAGUACCUACGAGAAGGACACACUGUGUGCGUAGCUUGCCAGUCUCCAGCUAUGAAAAGGGACACUCACCGCUGUUCUGGAGAUGGCCACAAUGCAGAUGGAGAGAAAAUCUUACACUGGGAAGCAGUUGGCAACUCUCAGUGCCAAGGAACCUGGAAGAAGAUUCGGCAGCUGGAGCACUGUUCAUGCCCCCUGGUGCACAGCUUUAUUUUUACUUAAACGUUUAAAACGCCUUUGAGACAGCAACAACAAAAAGAUUAAGAAGAUGAAUACCCAUGCCAAGAAUCCAGCAUCCUUCUGCUGCAUUUUCUGGAGCCUAAAUGAACUUUUAAAUGAGUUGGAACUUUGGAAGAAGCAUUCUGGGAAACUCUCUGCCUUAAUACGAGCCCCUAAGACUGAUCUUUGCAUUAGAGCGCUAGAAGCUUCUUUCUGUAUUUCUCUAACCAAGGGCUAAUGUUUCUAACUUUUAGUAGCUGCUACUACAAGUAAAAUGAUGAAAAGCUCAAUUUGAUGCAAGCCUUUAAAAAACACAGAAUAACUGACUAUUAAAAAACACAGAACAAUUGACUAUUAA